AUGGGAAACAACACUUCCAGCAUUACACCACCUCCAACCCUUUCGGAUGAACCACAGUUGUGGGAUGACCACUCCGAAGUUAUCAAUGCACCUUCAUUCUCUCUCAACGAUGAAGACCAACAUGAUUGGUCAGCUAUUUCGGAAUCUCAAGUCCGAGAGUUGAGAGAAAAAGUUGAAAACCGAAUACUGAUCAGACCCUAUGAAACCCAACAAUGGGCUUGUCGUGUUUUAGGAUUUUCAUCCCAGUAUUCAAGCAGCUGGAGUGCUGACAACGUGACAGGAGAAUCCGAUACAUUUCCAAAAUAUGGCGAUAUGACCUCUGCAUGGGCCCCGAAAUCUUCAUCAGGCAGUAAGGAAUUUCUUGUAGUCCAAUUCGAAAAAAAUGUUCUUAUCACUCAGGUACAUAUUUAUGAAACUUUCAAUCCUGGAGCUGUUGUGAAGGUGUCUUGUUUACCAGCUGAUAUGGAGCAUAAACUGGAAAUUGCAGAAGUAAUCGAGGACCAAAAUAUUGAUCAGGAAUACUAUGAUGAACAAUUCGUUCAUAAACCAUUAGAGUUUACCCAGGAUUGGGUUGUGUUGUAUGAGGGAGAUCCUCAGCAGCAAAUCUUACCUCAAAAAUCAAGAAUAUUUGUUCCACCGAUCAAACCAUUUUCUUGCGUGACAAGAACUCUAAGAAUUGACAUGGAUUGUAUAUCUAGCUUGUCAUGGAGCGAAAUUGAUGCUAUCAAGUUGAUAGGAAUUAUUUGUGACGCAAAUGUGAACAAUAUUCCAUCUGCUUCAAACAGCAAAUUGAAUCCAGAAUACGUGGAAGAUCUUAAAACCCUCUUUUCCAACAAUCCAUCUACAGAUUGUGCAAUUCUAAAACUUCCUAUUCGAAAGAGGUUGCUUGCCUCAACUACAGAACGACCACUUUUUACAAUUGCACCCAAGAUAUACUAUAUUCAUGAGUUUUUAUUGAGAUACAGACUCCAGGAUCACAAGCUCUUAGACAAAUUUAUUGUGAAAAGUGAGGAAGAGAUCAUAGACAUGUCUCCUAGUGUGAGCGGCUUCUCUCUUACUGAGACUGCUGCCAAUAGUUUGUUCAGUUAUCUCUAUUCAGGACUCAUCUUGUUACCAAAGGAAAUGUUUUUGGACGACGAUUGUGAUUACAGAAAUGCUGAGGAAUUAAUUACAGAAAUUCAUCACCUUUCUGAAAGUUUAGGACUUGAGGCUUUGAGAAAAGCAUGCCAACAAACCAUGAACAUUAUUUCUGUUAUUCCAAAUCACCUAAGAAGCGGUGUGGCUCUUGCUAUAUUCAAUCAAUUUACAUCUACUUCCUUGAGUGAUGAUUUUUAUUCUGACAUGCGUAAGAUUUAUGAAGAUUCAUGUACAAAAGGCGAAAAGUAUGACAAGAGAGCAUCUCCCGAUGUGAAAAUUGUAUUUACCAUGGGUUCCAACGAAGAAGACCCACUUACACCAUCUUCAAGACCUUGUAUUUAUGCUCACUCAUCGAUUCUAAAAGCCAGAUGUGCUUUUUUCAAAACCAUGUUCGAUUGGGGUAAUUUGAGCUCACCCUAUAGAUUCUCAUCCAACAACAUUUAUGAAAUGGAAAUCACAGAUGUGAAAUAUGACAUCUUCUUGUUAUUGAUCAAAUACAUGUACAUGGGUUCUUUAGCAAAGGAAGACGUCAAAGCGGAAGAUGCUAUUCCACUGUAUUUUGCUCAAAAUCAAUAUUUAUUAGACUCCAGUAUUACCUUGUCGGUCAUUAAGGAUAACAUUUCCGACCAGUCCGUGAUUGACAUUUUACGACUUUCUCUUGAAUGCUCAUACCCUGAAAUUACUGAACUUUGUCUCAAUUACCUGUUAACAAAUAUUGAAACGACCUGUGAAGUGGUUGAAAAAGCAUUUUCAGAGAAGAAACAAAAUGCAACUCUUGAAAGUGAUAUUGUGUAUAACAAAUUGAUAGAAACAAGCAAGAUUUGGGAGAUGGUUAUUCUACAUUGUGAUAACUUGAAGUACACAAGUCAAUGGGUUCAACGUGUUUUGGCUUUUUCUUCAGAAUACACUGGUUGGCCAGCAUCGAACGUGGUUGGAGAAAGUAAUACAUAUCCAAAUUACGGGGACAUAAAAUCAGCAUGGGCACCAAAAGCGUCCAAAGGAUCGCUAGUCAAAAUAACUGCAAAGAAUUCGUUUGGUACAGACACUACGGACGAAGUGAUUUAUGAAGGAACUGUACAAACAGUUCAACCUGUAGCUAGAAUUUUCAAACCAUCCAUCGACCUUUGCAAGUCUUUAAACAGAACUUUCAAUGUUUUGCGUUUAGAUAUCGACACGACCAAAAACAUUAGUUGGUAUGAGAUUGAUGCGGUGAAAAUUAGUGGCUUUAUCCCCAAAAAGACAAACGACACUUGUUUUAUUUAA